ACUAGAUAUACAUGCCAACUUCAGAACGAAAUAUCACCCGAAGACUCCUAGGCAGAUAACCAACGAGUAACGGCGAGUCCCCGGCGAUCGAUAAUGGCCUCCAGAAUUACCUGGAUACACCCAGUCCGGGCUGUCCAAGUCCUCUUCGGCAUCGCCGUCUUCGGCCUCAUAAUCUACGUCCUCAGCGUCUACAAAUACGACAGCAUUUCCGAAUUUAUGCUUUUCAACGGAAUAUGGACCGGCUUCUUCGCAACACCCUACCUCGCCCUGGCACCCGUGCACUUUGCUAAAUUCUCGCACCGGGUUCUUGUGCCUGUGCUGGAAACGAGUACUAUGAUUUUAUGGUUGGUGGGGGUUAUUCUGCUUGGAAUUGACUUGCCUUCGGCUUCGGAGUGCAAGUCGGCGGGUUGUGAGGCAACACUGGCGGUUGUUGUUAUUGCGGCUGUUGAGUGGUAUGUAUUUCCUUUCCGUGCAUUGGAGGGAUAUGGUUGA